AUGAAUUCGUCCAAAGUCAGUGUUGGUGCUGGAAAGUUGCCGCUUCAUUUGCAGAGUGCUCAGACUCGUCUUCAUCUUAAAGGGGGCACAAUUGUGAACGAUGACCGCAAAUUUGUCGCUGAUGUCUACAUAGAGGAUGGUGUUAUCAAGCAGGUUGGGACAAAUUUAAGCAUUCCUGGUGGCGUCAGAACCGUAGACGUCAGAGGAAAACUUGUAAUUCCAGGCGGAAUCGAUGCCCAUACUCACAUGGAAAUGCCCUUUAUGGGCACACACUCUGCGGAUGACUUUUAUUCUGGUACUAAAGCGGCAUUAGCUGGUGGCACAACCAUGAUAAUCGAUUUCGUAUGCCCCGCACGUGGCGCCUCUCUCCUCGAGACGUACGAACAAUAUCGGCAAAAUGCGGAUUCGAAAGUUUGCUGUGACUAUGCUUUACACGUCAUUGUCCCGCACUUCGAUGAAAAACUUUCAAAUGAGAUGGAAGUAUUGACGAAGGAGAAGGGAAUUAAUUCUUUCAAAUCUUUCUUGGCCUAUCCUGGCGUCUUCAUGCUUGAGGAUGAUCAACUAUACGAUUUCUUUUGCCGCUGCCGAGAGCUGGAAUGUUUUAUUUUGCUUACGAAGGUGGAAGUUGAGGCAACUUCUCGUGCUAUCACCUUGGCUGACGCUGCCAAUUGUCCACUGUAUGUUGUGCACGUGAUGAGUUCCCUUGCUGCAAAUAAAAUUGCCGAAGCUCGCAAAGAUGGCGUUCUUGUAAUCGGGGAGGCAGUUGCUGCUGGCCUUGGCGCCGACGGAAGCCAUUACUUUGACAAAUGUUGGCGCCAUGCCGCAGGCUUUGUAAUGAGUCCGCCGCUGAAAAUGAAUCCCGAAACUCCAAAACUCCUGAUGAAGGCUCUAGCAAAUGGUCAUCUCGAGUGCACGGGCACUGACCACUGCGUAUUUAAGGCUGACCAAAAAGCCCUCGGGAAGGACGAUUUCCGCAAAAUUCCUAAUGGCGUCAAUGGUGUUGAGGACCGAAUGUCCGUUAUCUGGGAAAAGGGUGUGGUUUCCGGUAUUAUUGACCCCUGUAAGUUCGUUGCCAUCACAAGCACCAACGCCGCGAAAAUUUUCAACAUUUAUCCGCGUAAAGGGCGCAUCGAGGUGGGAAGUGAUGCAGACAUUGUGGUUUGGGAUCCUGAAGCUGAGCGUACUAUUUCUGCCUCGACCCAUCACCAGAACGUUGAUUUUAACAUUUUCGAGGGAAUGCGUUGCCAUGGUGUCCCGCUGAUAGUGAUUACAAAUGGCCAUGUCGUCCUGGAAGAGGGUGACCUAAAGGUCAGCCAAGGAACUGGCCGUUUUGUGCCCACCCCACCCUUCUCACCCUACGUCUAUGCGAAAGUCGAAGGAAGGCAAAAGUUGCGUGAGCGAAUUCCCGUCGCACGUGAACCCUACACAGGCCCCGUUGCCGAUCUAGGCGCUGCUCUGCAAGCUGCCGAUAUCAAGGACGCUUCCACCAACGGCAAAGUUGAUCAAAACCAGCCCUUCAGCCACAAGCGUCCGCCUACGAGUGCCGGCGGACGCAACAUGCAGGACUCCAGUUUCAGUCUGAGCGGUAAGUCCAACCAGUUUGGCAUUUUAUCGUAA